UUUCAUAAGAUUUCUUAUUUUGGACCUUCCAUUUGCUCCUUUGGAUCUUCCCUCUGCUUCUCUAGUUGUAUUGCUGGUACAAUCUGAAGUUCCCUGAAUCUAUGUUUCUGGUAGAGUGCUCCUGUAUGGAUGUUGGAGAGCUACGAGGGAGUGUGGGAGGGACUCUCACCGCCGGCAUUACAUGAUAAUGUGGAAUUCGACUAUAGUGGAAACUAUCUUGCAAUUGCGGGUUCGGAUGUAAGGGUCUACCAAGUUGCCAGUGUAAAGAUGGAAUGGAAUCAGAUUAAGACACUCUCUGAUUUAUCAGGCACAGGAAAAGUGACAUGCGUUAAGUUGGGAUGGCCCAGAGGAACCCAGAUCACCAGAUCACUGAUUUCAAACUUACAGAGAAGCCAGAGUCGAGAUUCUUUGCGUUAUCACUUAAUCCUUUGCUGCUCAUGGGGACGCUGCACGCCCCUGGGCUCGAGAUCAGCAGUUAACCGUUGGAUGCCCCCCCUUGUAAUUUAAGUGCAACCAAGAUCCUGGAUGGAAGCCCUGAAUAUGGCAUUUUAUUUUGAUGAUGUCCCGUAAAACAUGUUGUAUUCGUAGUUUUGAGUCACCGGUGAAAAAGCGCAUAAACUUAUUCUAUCUGUGAUUCUUGACA